AUGUCCGAGGCAGAAGAAUCGCAACACGACCCUAUCCUGAAGGUAGAAAGCAACAAAGACCUCAGGAUCACUCUUAUUGGCACCGGAACUAUUGGUCUAUCUUUCGCCGCGUUCCACCUGUCACACCUACUUGGCCCUUCUCAGCUCACCAUCUAUGAUACCCGGUCAAAUGUCGAUGAAUACGUCAAGGAGAACCUACCUAAAUUCUUCGCAGAGGAGCCUUCAGCCGCCGCUAUAUCCAACAUUCGCAUCGCUACAUCCCUCGAAUCAGCCGUGGAAGACGCACAUAUCAUCCAGGAAUCAGGUCCGGAGAAUCUAGCCUUCAAAAAGGAACUAUGGGCCAAUGUAGAGAAACACGCGCCUGAGCAUUCUCUAUUCUGGAGUAGCACUUCCGGAAUACCGGCAUCAGAGCAAGCACAAGACAUGCAGGACAAAUCGAGAUUAUUGGUAGUGCACCCGUACAACCCACCGCACAUUAUGCCAUUGCUGGAACUUGUUCCAUCGCCAGAUACAUCAAAAGAGGUCAUCCAACGAACGCAGGAGUUCUGGACUCUCCGUGGAAGAGUGCCAAUACAUAUCAAGAAGGAAACAACGGGCUUUGUAGCGAAUAGACUGGCGUUUGCACUCUUACGCGAAGCAGUUCAUCUUGUCGACGAGGGGGUCGUUUCAGUAGAGGAACUGGAUAGCAUUGUGGAGAGUAGUAUGGGGCCACGAUGGGCGAUUGCUGGGCCUUUCAAGAGCUAUCAUGCUGGCGGCGGACCGGCUGGGUUGGAAGGCUUCUUCAAGAAUAUCGGAGGUACCGUGCAAGAUUGCUGGCAAGAUUCUGGGAAGCCGAACGUCGGGGAUGGGUGGGAGAAAAAGAUCUUCCGGCAAUCUCAGGAUGCAUACGGCACUAUAGAUGUCAGUCAGCGCGACAGGCUGACGCGACGGGUGUUGGAAGUAUUGAGGGAGGGAAAGAACAAGGGUGCGGAUACUUCAGAAGAUUGA